AUGCACAACAAGGCCUCAAGAGUUAAGAAAUUGACAGUGCAAGCUUUAUCUGUGAUCCAAAUGCCCAAUUCAUUUCCCAACUCUACUGACUCUACUUGUGUUCAUUUAAGAAAAGACUCAAAAUCCAUGGCUAGAAAUAAAAUGCAUUUUGACAGCAAAGAAAAUGUUGAAGAACAAGAAUUUAGUUUUGCAUGUAGUGAUCUCCAAGAAACACUUAUAUUUGCUGAUGAGAUCUUUGACAAUGGCAAGAUUCGACCAUCAUUUGCUACUUUCAACCAAUCCAUUGUUCUUACCACCACAUCUGAAUACAACACUUUGCCUCUUCAACCACCACUGAAGAAACUCUUUGUUGUUGAGCAACCCAAUGAUUUUUCCUUUCACUCAAAAGAUAUAUUGGAAGGAUCAUGCAAUGAGGCUUCACCAAAAGUUACAAUGGUUGAUGCGGAUGCUUUGAAUGACAAAUGCAAGAAGAGCAAAUCUUCGGGUUUUUCAAAGACAUGGAGAUUUCGGGAAAACAUUAAGCUUCGAACAAAUAGUGAUGGACAAGACGCUUUUGUUUUAUUAAGUCCUUCAGGGUCAGUACCAAUGAGCUUUCAAGAUACAAAGGAAAAAAAUAAUUUUCCAAAUAAAGGAAAGGAUGAGUGGGGGAAACUCACCCUUACAACCCAUAUUUUAGGAGAUGAUGACACUCCAAAGGACCCUUCAUCUCAUUGA